UCAAGGUGAUACGUUGAGCCAGCAGCGCUGUAAGCGGAUCUUUACCCGUGCAAGUAGAAAGAGCGUUGAAUUGUUCUCAUUUUUAGUGUUAAACUCCUGGAUUUUUCCAGAAGGUAUAAAGUAAAAACACUCUUUGGUAGGUACUACUUUUUUUUUUAAUGCAGUACUCAUAAUCACCUCUAGGGGCACUUGCACUCCAAUUUGAUAAACACCGGUUUCACAAUAUUACCAGAUCUGUUAAGAAUAAAAUCUUCAUCUUUAUUCUAGCUGUACUAAAUGGACAGAACUGUACUGUACAUCUACAGGAGCUGCUCAGUCAUGGUAACCCAGGCCAUGAAGCUCCUGGUGCACAGUGUUUGUGCUGAUGUUAAUGCAAGAGGAGAUUUGCAGCUCUGCAGUAAUUUGCUUAGCAGGGGUUUUGUGACCUUUAAGCAUCGGCGACCCCGGUCUGUAACUUUACAACAUCGGGCACGCUACUACUUCAAAAUGCUUCCAUCUUGCAAUAACACCACUUAAAGCUGAUCGUGGAAUAUCUAAGAUCGAGGAAACCUCAUCAGAAGUCCAGUACGUCUGUACUACCUAAAGUGCAUAUAGUUAAACAGUCAUGAGCUGUAAUAAGUAUCUUUAUUGUAGAUGUGAUUUUUAAAAUGUCUAAUCAUAUUUUUCCAUUAGUGUUUUUAAAUUUUGGUUUAAGAAGAAAUUCCUUGGAAAACUUGACUUCUCAUAUUCCUGGAUCUCUUGUCACCGCAGUGUGAUGUAGAGCUCACAACUUAUCCUAAAUAAGUGAUGAGCCGCUUUUGUAGCGUUCAUGUUUUUUGCCCUGACGUUUUCUCCCCUGCUUGUUGUGAUGACAGCAUCAGAACAGUCUAGAAACCUUCUUUUCUAAUUUCUACCUUUUUUUUUGUUUCCCCCGUUUAGUUUUUGAAGCCACUUUUUUCAGCAGCAGCAAAUCGUAAGUUGGUCUACACUUUUUUGUUUUUUCACCUCAACUUUUGCAUCAUUUUUUUUAAUAUAUUACUCCACUUUCACCCCUUUUUGGCAUUAGUCUAUUUUCUACCUCCCCCACCACCCUCUUUUUUUUCUUUUUUGUUUAAAAGUAGAGAGUAGUUCGGGGGGCUUUGGGUGCUGUAAAAGAAGAGAAAUCAGCCACUUAAUUUUCAAACUGUUUGGCCCUAAUGGCCUCAUAAAUGCGCCUCCCAGUUUGUGAUAAUCAGAUGCAUCAUGCUGUUGAUUGUGAGUGGUCCAGUUUGUGUUGGAGCUGAUUGCUGGAUAACACCUCUUCAAAUCUUCCCACAUAAAGUGCUUAGAUGAAGGAAAAGCACCGACAGAGACCAAAAAGAGGACUGUUUCUCCUUCUUUGGAGUGAUUUUUUUUUCCCCUGUUCUUUUUGUUGUGAGUGUGCAUGUUAAUUGACAAAUUAAAAAGUGCUCCAUUACUUACGUAAACACAAAGUUGCCUGCUCUAUAAGAGGCAAUUAUCUGUCCCUAAAGUGGCUUUUUACUGCAGCAUGCAAGGGAAAUAACCUUAAUGAGUGACUAAUUCAGUAAUCACUAAACACUGAUUUUUUUUUUCUGCCCCUUUUUUUCUUUUUUUUUAAAAUUCAGAUAUUUUUUUAACAAGUUCCAUUUCACCUUUUCACCUCCAUCAUCUCUGAUCUGAUUUGGAAAACAAAUCAAAAGAACCUCUGGGGACGACCACGUCGCCACUUUCUGCUCCCUGAAUGUGUAUUAAAAAAACCUCUAGCAGAGCUGCUCUUGUCAUUUUGUCUCGUCUGUCUUCAAGCAUGAAUCCUGAGAGCUGCAGUGUGUUGUCACAGUUGAAGCACAAACACAAAUCCAACACUCAGAGGGAAGCUGAACAGUGAACAGGUUUUUUAUGGAGUUGUAAAAUGAGGCCCAGAUGAGGCAGUGGAUAAGAAAAGUUCCACAGAGGUGUGUUGAGCCAUUAAUGAGUGACUAUAAUAAGCAGUUGUUCCUGAAUAAUGAGCCCCCACAUGUUGAAUUUAGAAUUAAAUCACAAGGGGACCACAAACUAUCAUGCAAUUGAAUAGAACUGGAAACGUAACAGGCCUGCAGUGAAUGCUAGUUAAAGGAAGUGAACACAAAUGGCUCCAAAUAUCAUUACACAUAAAAGACAAACAAGGUCCUCCAAUUGAUGGGCAUGUGCCCAAAGAUUUGAAAAUUGCAAAAUUGGUGUUUGCAAGAUAUUUGCCUGUUUCAGUCCAAACACAAGCUUCCCAUCCACAUGCCUAUAACAUACAAGGGUUUAAUGUUCCUUUCUCCAUCUUGUGUGUAAAUAUAACUUGACUGGUUGUGUUUAGCAUCAGACAUUCAGAUCACACUAGAGUGCACGUGUGCCUUGAUAUUCUUGCCUAAACCCCCCACAAAGCUUUAGAAACAAGCUAAAGAGGCCACAGUUGUCCCCGGCACCUCCUGAACACGCCCCAUGUUGUAGACGUCCUGUCAGCUCGCCAAACAGUAGACGCAUCCUGGCCAAAAUCAUGCAGUGGCAAGCAGCGCUUUCAGCUGUGGCCGGAAUGCUGUAAACUAAUCCUCUGCUAGGAGUCACCAGCCAGAGCAGGGAGAGGCUGCUGGGCGCCGUUGUUUUGGCAGCUGAGGCGUGACUUUGCAGUAGCUGAAGUGGUGGAUAAUGAGAUGAAUGACUCUGGGGACUGAGCAAAGAAGAUCAUUUCCCGCAUGCUGGGGUUUAAAGUUUACUACAGAAUUGUGACCAGAAUAAAAUAAAGACUUCUUAUGAAAUCACCCUUUUCCUGUAGUGUCGCUUUGACACUGCAUUCAGGGACUUGUCCCCCUCUCCUGCAGUGUUACAUAACUUUGCAGUAUUGGCCACUGGUGAGACAGCAAUCCAGCAACAGUGUGGCAAGACUGUACUAAUUAAAAUCAACGCUAGUACGCCACUGACUGCAUGCAUACACUGUGCGUUUAUGCAGAACAGCAACAGGAGAAGCUUCCAAAACUGCACCGAUGCAAGUGAAACAUGACGUGAUGCAAAACUUUCAUGUCAGCAGAGCCGUCAGAGGGGACUCUAACAUGUGGCAGCCAACAUGGCGGAUUGUUACUGGCAUACACCGAAAGAAGGGGAUCGUACCUGCAGACUCGCGAAGUGCACAUGACGCAAACUUCCUGGUGUGCGACGAUCCAAUUUUGAUGCAGUCGGCACUUCAGAGACACAGACAGGCAGACCUCCACCGACCCGAGUACAGACACAAUGGAUUGGUCAUCAUCCUCCUCCUCCAGCCUGAUGGCCAGCAGCAACGUGACCAACAAGACCGACCCCCACUCCCUCAACUCCCGCGUCUUCAUCGGCAACCUCAACACCCUGCUGGUCACCAAGGCCGAUGUGGAGGCGAUCUUCUCCAAGUACGGCAAGAUCUUCGGCUGCUCCGUCCACAAGGGCUACGCCUUCGUCCAGUACUCCAACGAGAGGAACGCCAGGGCCGCCGUGGCCGGGGAGGACGGCCGCAUGAUCGUUGGACAGGUGCUAGACAUCAAUCUGGCAGGUGAACCGAAGCCUCAUAGAUCGAAGACAGUGAAGCGAUCUGCAGGAGACAUGUACAGUUCAUCUUUUGAUUUGGACUACGACUUCCAAAGAGAUUACUAUGACAGAAUGUACUCCUACCAGUCCCGGGUGCCUCCUCCUCCUCCCCCUCUGUCCCGCGCGGUCAUCCCCUCCAAACGUCCCAGGGUGAGCCUGAGCAGCGGAGGGAGCCGACGAACCAAGACCAGCUUCUCCUCCUCCUCCUCCAAGAGCAGCCAGAGAACUUCACGUACAAUGAAGGCAGAUGAUCUACAGACCAUAAAAAGGGAGCUUACACAGAUCAAACACAAGGUGGACUACCUGUUGGAGAGCUUAGACCACAUGGAGAAGGACCACAGCAAGAAAUCAGAGAUGAAAAGCUCCAAACCUGAGCCAGGUGAAGUGUCUCCUCUUCACUCAUCUACCUCCAGCAAGAAGGAAGACAGUCUGAAGAGGGGCAAAGAGAGCCGGGAGCUGAAUGACUCAGAGGAGGAGGGGGACCUGCUGGAGGAUGAAGAUGAGACGAAAAGCAGAGGGAGAGAGGACGAUGAUGAUGAUGAAGGUGAGCAGGAGGAAGGAGAAGACGAUAGUGCUAACGGAGAUGAAUCCUGAAUGUGAAACACACACACUCACAUUUCUCCACACCAGACUUGUACGCAGUGGUCAUGUCUGCUGAACUGACUGGACAGUUAUUUACAUCAUAUGGUAGCUAUCACUCCUCUCAUGUACAAAUUCACAGAUAUGAGAAGUACUUGUUUCAGAAUUUUCUUUCAAGUCGGGAAGGUAAAUAUACUCUUUUUUUUUUUUAUUUGACUUUUUAUAUGAACAUGUUUCUGCUUCUUUCACAUAAACAGCAAACUCAGCCGAGCUUAACUGUAACGUUUUAUGUGUUUGAACGAUUUGUCACAACGGAUUAAAGAACUGAUUGAAAAAUCGAGUCCCUUACCAGCUAUUAGCUAGCUAGCUCAAGUGCCGCGGUUUGAACUAGUGUGUAGUCUUUAAUGUUGGUGGGCUCCUGCUAGACGUUUUAACAUUUAAAAUGUAUUGCUGAUCCAGCUGCUGCACAGCUGCCUCCUAACCAGCAGGUGGCAGUGUGUCCCAAUAAGUGGCCCACACAAAGGCCACAAAGAGUACUUCUUUUGUUCUCAGAAAAUCUUGGACUUCUGCUUGUCGGAUAAUGCCACAAGCAUGUGCUCGUUUGUGGCCACACAGAUCCUCACUGGUCCUGAAAUAGUCUUGUGUGCUGCGGAGGUGUGAUGACCUUUACUGACCUUGACUUGUGUAAUGCAGUGAUGCUCCAUGUUUGUUUGUGUCCGUCUCUUCUGUUUCCUGUUUCAUCUGACUGCACUGGUAAAAGUGAAUAAACAUGUUUUCCAGUG